AUGGCGGGACUUUCACAAGAAGAUCGCAACAUUGUCAAGGACCAUCCUCUAACCAACUUAGUUGAUCAUUUACGAGACGCGCUUCAGGAAGCCGAAAGAAUAUACGAGUCGCGUCUAAUUUCCUACGAUGGCGCUGCUGAUAGCCUUGACCAACUCUAUCGAAUGCGAUUUCAAAACUCCUCUCUGCCUUGCAGGGAGAGGAUGCAGCUUACAGCCUUCGCUCGCCAAUGA